AUGUCAUCAAACGGCACGCGCGAGAAGUCGUUCUUCGAGCAGCAACGCGAGGCACUCAUUGGCGAGAUUGCCAUGAGCUUUGAACACGUCCUAGCCAACAUCAACAAGCUGAACCGCUCGCUCGAAGCCGUUGUGGCCGUCGGCAACGAAUUUUCUUCGGUCGAAGCGCUGUGGUCGCAGUUCGAGAAUGUGAUGGCGAAGGAGCCGGAGCCUGAGGGCAAGGCUGGCGAGGGAGGGGCUAAGGGUGAGCGAGAAGGAUCUACGGAGAAGAGCGAGGGUGCGAGUGGAGCGAGUGGAGAGAGGUGA